CCGCCAGUGGGCAAAAACGGGAACUUCCGCCAAAGUCACUUUUUUCUUCAUUUUCGACCUGUAAUGUAGUAUAAAUCGUGUUAAUUUUCGCAAGAAGAAAAGAAAACCCCUUCACAGUAAACCAAAGGGUUCACGCCUCAAUAUGGGUUUGUUAAUAUCCAGAUUCAGACGUCAGAAAACAACCAUUGAAAUAUUGGAAGGAAUUGAUAAGGAUAUAGCCAGUCUACAGAAAUACAGGAGAAAAAAUCAAGAGAAUCAGAAGAAAUUUAUAGCUAGUCUUAUACUAUAUUCUAUAAUACUCUAUAUUAUUGCUGCUGUGGUCUUCAUCUUGUUGUAUUUUCCGGCAAAAUGGAAAGACAGAAUUAUUCAUUCAAUACCCUUGUUGAUUUUUCCCAUUUUAGUAUGGAUUUUAAAGAAACUACUACAUUGGUACUAUGUAAAAAGAACAUCAGAUACAGAUUCAGCAUUAGUAGAAUUGAGAGAAAAGAAGAAACAAAUGCUAGAAGAUGUUAUGGAAAAUGAAACAUAUAAAAAGGCCAGGGAGAUCUUAGAAAAGUUUGAUCCAGCUCGCUACAGACAGUUAGAGAAACCAGAAACUUCACCUAAAUCUGCGACACCAUCAGUGGCACAAACCAGAUUACCUACACCUAGAUCUGUUCAAGCUGUCCAGCAGACCAGACCUCAAACAAUGGCCCCAACCCCACCGCAAUUCAGGCCACGAUCUCCUAUGAACAUGUCAAAUAUACAGCGAACACCAAUUCGAGGUCAACAACAAAUGCAGAACAUGAUGACUCCAGCUCAAAAUGGAAGUCAGAUGUGGAUGAGAUACGAACGUCCACCUGGUCCACCAUUACCGCGUUCUCUUUUACCAAGGGAGAGAACAACUUUUGAUAAAACUGUAGAUUAUUUGUUUGGCGAUGGACCACAAAAUAGAUACGCUUUAAUUUGUAGACAGUGUCAUUCACAUAAUGGUAUGGCACUAAAAGAAGAAUUUGAAUACAUUAGCUUUAGAUGUUGUUAUUGUUUCACUUUCAAUUCUGCAAGAAAACAGAAACCUCAUGCACCAAAAUUAGAAUUUCCAACACCUGUUUUACAGAGAAAAGUAAUACCAAGUAAGUCGACUGAUAAGAUCAUGUAA